AUGCUUCUCUUCGUCUUCCUUAUCUUCCGAACACUGUGCUACGCCCUUUGCUGGACGAAUAGCAGAGGCGAUCAUCGUGACGGCGGCCAAAUGGGAGAGCAACAGAAGCCAUACAAGCAAUAUGUUGGCCCCCUUAAUAUCUUAAAUGUCACCGAAAAGUGGAUGCGACUUGGAUUUCUUCGCAUUUCAAACCAUCAAGACAUAACAACUGCUUCUCUCGCCUUGUGGACGGCGUCGAUACAAAAGAACAAGACGGGAGCCCUUUUGCUCUGCAGCAGCUGCUUCGAUCACCUUCUCAUCACCUACUAUUUCGUCGCUCCUUUUUCCCUUUCCUUUGGCUCCACGUUCAGCUUUUUCCUUGUAUCUGUUUUGCCCCCUAGCGACUUUUAG